UCGCGCGAGUUCACACGACCAUUUUUCAGGACCUGAACUCUUUCACUUCACACACACACACACACGACUUCCUCCCAUUCAGUGUCAUCUUUGGUUCCUCGAACGCGUCGAAUGUGGGGCUAAAUUGUCUGUCGUCUUCGACUCAUUUGUGCGCCUCUGUGUUCUCUACCCGCGAACGCCACACCAGUGUGGAAUUCCUGGGCCAUCGCCAGUCUCUAUGCCAACGCAGGGCAACUGCGGUGGCAUGAAAAUAUCCACGGGCCGUGGCCAAGGACGGUGGAAGACAGCAGGGCGGAUGAGAGGGCAUGAGAUUCACUGUGGUGACUUCCGAGGAGCUCCAGCGGAACUCACUUGCCCGAAAAUAAGGACGGCAGAAAUUGAUGCAAAAGAUGCGCACAGAAAUGCCAGAAUCUUCUUCAUUUCUUUUCUUUCGUCUCGUUAAAUUUCCCAUUUAGCCGAGACGGAAAUCCAACUGGUUGUUGUUUUACUUGCUCAAGGAUUAAAGGAAAGGAGAAAGAAGGGGAAUUCGUGAACCACCGAAAUGGGAAAUGGCAUGAAUAAGGUGCUUCCGGGGCUGUACGUGGGCAACUAUCGUGACAGCAAGGAUCCACAGCAGCUGGACAGACACGGCAUAACGCACAUUCUCGCCAUUCACGACAGUCCGCGGCGCCUGCAUCCUGACAAGCACUACCUGUGCGUGAUGGCGGCAGACACGCCCGACCAGAACCUCUCGCAGUACUUCACCGUGUGCAAUGACUUCAUUCACGCGGCCCGCCUACGGGACGGCAACGUCCUCAUCCACUGCCUGGCCGGCAUGAGUCGCUCCGUGACCGUGGCCGUGGCGUACAUCAUGUCCGUCACGCCGCUCACGUGGCGCGAAGCGCUUAAAGUUGUGCGUGCCGGCCGGGCAGUGGCGAAUCCCAAUCUCGGCUUCCAGAAUCAACUACAGGAAUUCGAAAGUCUCAAGCUGCUGGAGGAGAGGAAGCGACUGAAAGAGAGAUUUCCAAGUUUAGCUCUGGAGCUCGCGGAUCGCCAGCAGUGCAACGAUGCACUGAACAACUACGAGGAGCUGCUGUCUAACAAGGACAUCUGCGAGGGACACUGCGUGCGGGGCGAAGUGUGUCCGACAGGGAUGUGCAAUUCGAGCACGGGAAAGGGCAUUUUCAGACGGAAGAGCAGCUCAUCUUCCACAUCGCGCAGCAGAUUGGCGCCGGCAGGCGUGCAAUCGUGCCCAACGUCGCCGCGACGUAGUCACAGAGUCAGCAGAGAUCCAGUUCUGCACGAUCUGCCCAGCGAGAUCGACGAGGAGGCGAAGCCCACGACCAGCCUCCAUCGAUCAGCCAGCACUGUCAGCUCUCUGAGACCACGGAGCAGCCCUGCGGGGCUGUACUCCUACACAGGAUCCGCUCCAACAUCCGUCCAUGGAUCUCGCGUUGAUCUCUCAAAUGUGGGCACCGGAUCGGCUAUUUAUGUCGGAUGCGCACCAAAUGCUCGCGGCUCCGUGACUUCAGUGCCCCGCCUGACGUCCGCGAGUCGCUCGGGCUCGCAGAUCAGCAUCAUCUCUGUCAAUACGCCCCCGAGCACCCCCAAGCGCACACAGAAGCGCUGAAGAUAUCAAAUUUGGAAGGACUCUCUACAUUUCAUAGUGUUUAAGGGUUCGCGUACACAUUAGAAGAAGAAGAUAAGAGAAAUAUCUAUAUAAAACAUGGGAAAAACUGUCCUGUUAGUGAAAUGCAACAAGUGUAAUUUAUAUGAGAUCAAAUCUUUCGCCUGCAGCUUUUGCAGUAGCAGAGACACUCUAGCGACAGAGCUUUAUCACCCUCUCACACUUCUCACCCUUCCUGAAAUGAACAUAGCACAAUACAAAGGAAAAUCUAUCAUUGAGACAUUGAUAAAUGGAUACAUAUUGAUAAUAUUUUUGUGAUAAAAUCGACAACAGAGUGAGAAGAAUCAAAGAAUUUGUGCUGAAGAAUUGCAAAGAGAGAGACAGAGAGAAGCGUUAUUUUGUAUUUUUUUAGAGAUGAUAAUGCGUGUAAAGUUGGAGAAAAAGCAAUUUCACAAUCUCCACACUUAGUGCUUACUUUAGGUGACACACGUUUUUUGAACAUGGUAGGAAAUGCGUCGUACAAAAUGUUGUUGAACCAUUUGAAGAGUUUAUCAAAGUUGUUAAAGAGAUAAUUGAAGGCAUGGCUAGUGAAGGGAUGUGCACAUCCGCAUAUAACUAAUUUCUGAUGCAUAUUUGUACCUAUUAAAAGCGCCCCCAUAAAUCGUACUGCGAACUUUCACUACAUCUUUUUUCUACCACACAAAAACUCACACUGGGAAUAUUGUAACUGCGAGAUGAGAAUUGAUAACUUAUAGGAAAAAAGAGAAACUUAACAGAUAGGCUUCUCAGCUUUUUAUUUUGGAAGGCAUCGUGGGUAGAAGCAAAAGGGAAUUCUUGGCCAUAAGUUCUCUUUUGAAGGCUCAGGAAAGAAGGAAUUGGUGGAGAAAGUCAGUUGAGAAGCCUUCGCCUUCCAUCCCUUGUUGAACCGCAUACAUAAAAUCAAAGAAUAUAUGCACAACUUUGCGUUGCAACUCUUUCACGACUUUUGUAACUAUUUGUGUGGAGCGUUGUAACCCUUUUAGGCUGUAACUUGCAUUUCUAUUGACAUGUCAACAGCAAUAUGAUAAUAAAGAAGGUGCCCAUAAA